GUAGUACGUUUGCCACUCUUUAACCACGUGACACGCCGGUUGUGAAAGCCCGCCUGGCAAAGUUAGCCAAGCGUCUGCUGAUGGAAACACGGCUCACGACUCAACACAAACACACCACGUCCCGUUCAGCUGUCCUCCUCGUCUCACUGAAUCCUCCUUGUCAUGGAGCAACAAUAUCCUCAGUCCACGGUGGUGUUUCGAAAUGUGGGGCAGCUCUAUUUCCCCCAGACCAGAGUGGAGUGUCACUACAGUGUGACCUCUGCCCAUCAGUGGAGCAGCAGUGACUGGAUUGGCAUCUUUAAGGUUGGCUGGUCCUCACUUCAAGAGUACCACACGUACUCUUGGUCGCUUGUUCCUGAAGGCUAUACGAAAGGAACUGCCUUCGACUGCUGUGCAUUAUUUCAGGCCUUUUACCUGCCUCGCCCCAGCCCAGUGGAGUAUCAGUUUGUCUACGUGGACAAGCUGGGCAAAGUCUGCGCCCGCAGCAGACCCUUCACCUUCUGCUCCCCCAAACCUCUGGAGGAGCUGGAAACCCUGAAAGAGGAGCAAGAUGGAGAUGAGGAAGAAGGAGAUGAAGAAGAGCUGCUCCUGGUGGUCACCAGGGCUCAGCUGCUGCAGAGUCAGCUGGAGGAAUGCGUGAGGGAGAAAGCCGAGUUGCAGCAGGCCGUAGAGGAGGAGCGGAGGAGCAGCAUAAGAGCAAAAGAGGAAUGGGAGAGUGAGCGGAAGGCCAUGGAGGAGGCGAUUAGUGAGCUCCUUGAAAAACUGAAUCACAAGUGUGAGGUGUUGAAGAAUGUAGAAGGACAACACCUGGAUGUUAAAAGCAGUCAUCAAAAUCUCAACUCUGAACUUGGUCAACUUUUGGUGCAAAAGGUGCAAAGUGAGCGACGCAUCAAAGACUUGGAAGAUGGCGCCAAGGCCCUAGCAGACAGAGAGACAGAGCGACACGUGGAAAUGGAAAGGCUGAAAGAGAUGUUGAAGAAAACAUCCAGUCAAAUAAGACUUGAUGAGGAAAAGAAAAAGUUGCUAAAGGCAGAGAGUGAGGCCGCGCUGGCGGAGGUCUGCGGCUUGCAGCAUCGUCUGGAGUCCAGCGAGCGUUUGGCCGAGAGCCUGCGCAGGGAGCUGAGAGAGCUGAGCACCCGUCAAGGCCACACUAAUGCCGAGCUGCACCAAGUCCGCUUGCAGGUCGCCCAGCUGGGCCUGCAGCUGUCAGAGGAGAAGCUACUGCUCCGGGAGGAGCGGGCCAACUGGGCCCUGGAGAGAGAAGCUUACAGGCAAGCUGCAGAGGCUGACCAAAAGAAAGUGGAAGAGCUGAGUAGUGAGUUACAAAGGAAGAAAGAGCAAUUGAGGGAGGACAGAAGUAAUGUGGAGUCUGGGAUGAAAUACAGAGAUUUUGAUGGAGACAACGAGGUGCAGACGGUCCACCAUGGUCGGAAGCAGCAGCGGAUGCUAGCUGGACUUGUGGACCCAGUUGUCAGCGAAUUGGCUGGCCCCCUUAUGUGGUAGCACAUGGAACUGCAAGUGUUACCCUUCCGGUUGAGUGUUCUUUUUCUGUGUGUGUAUGUGUUGUUGUAAGACAACCCUUGUAUUCUUAAAUUAUGAAUCAGGCAUAGGGUAAAUGUAUUUAAGGGAUACAUGUCAUAUAUAUUUUUAUAGGUGUCAUUAAGCUAGUUACAGCUUUUAAGGGGAUGAAAUGCUAGCAUGUUUUUUCGUGAAAAUGACACCGCUCAUGGAAGAUUUGUGUGCACUACAAAGCAUACAACUGCAAUUAUGGUCAUUGAAUUGUGUGACAGAAAGGUUUGCAUGGACCUUGUGUGUAACUGUAGUGCGUUAUGCUGAGCCACUUGAUGAAUUUAUGGUUAAGAGGGGUGGCGUAUAAUUCACCAACUCGAGUAUUUCAUAUAUAAUUUAUAUAUAUACUGUAUAUGUAUAAAAUACUUGACUUUCAGUGAAUUCUAGCUAUAUAUAUUUAUUUUAUUAUAUAUAUAAAUAAAAUAGUUGAAUUUCUGAUGGCACCUAUCAAAUACAUCGUAAUAAAAACACUGUUGUUCUACUAA